AUGACGUGGAUAUCGAUUUCUGCCCUCGCAGUUGCAGCCGUUGCUUUCACGUACUCGAAACUUGGCUAUGUGGCCGCCCAAAACUUGAGCCUCCCCUUGCCCAUUCAAGGAGUGGCUGGCCAGUUUGUAGACCCACUAUCGUUCGCGGUUCAGGGUAACAGCGGCAGCUUUCGCAACAGCUCCUUCAAACAGGUCUUCAACCCGACUUCCUCCUCACCUCCCUUCUUCCAAGUAUUCGACCCGGCUUUCCUGUCAAUUCUUGGGCCGAACGCGAGCAUCCGCGCGAUCGCGUCGAACCCUAGUUUUGCUUUCGCUCACGAGGCGCCGAUUUGGAACCCGAGCACCGACGAAAUCUUCUUCGCAAGCAACGACGGCGGCGCCUUGGGCAACAGCGACAUCGAUCACAACAAUGUAGUGGGGAAAAUCAACCUUGCGGAUGCCUUGCAAGCGUUGAGUGCUUCUGGGAACCAGACGAGUCCCGUGAACGUCACCGUGACUGAGCUCAGUCUUUCCGAUACAAUUCAGAUGACGAACGGCGGCACAGGACCACACCGCGGAAAUUUGGUACUCAUCAACUCGGGGCGUGGCGAGCUUCCACCAUCCAUCGCGCUUGUCAACCCGCAAGAACCCCACAAUUCCACGAUCCUGCUGGACAACUUCUUCGGCAGGCAAUUUAACUCUUUGAACGACGCUAAGGUACAUCCGAUCAGCGGAAAGUUGUUCUUCACCGAUGUAACGUACGGCUUUUUGAACCAUUUCCGGCCAGCACCGCUAUUGCCAAGCCAAGUCUAUCGCUAUGAUUUCGACACGGGCGCCGUGCGCGUCGUCGCGGACGGAUUUGAUAGGCCCAACGGACUCGCGUUCACAAAAGAUGGGAAGACAGCGUACAUCACAGAUACGGGUGCUUCCGGCGGCUUUCUCGGAUUGAACCAGACACAGCCUGCGACGAUUUAUCAAUUCGACGUCGAUGCGAAGACCGAAGCGUUUACGAAUCGUCGCGUGUUCGCGUACGUCGACACCGGCGUGCCCGAUGGCAUCCAAGUCGACAUCAAUGGCAAUGUCUAUUCAGGGUGCGGAGACGGAGUGCAGGUUUGGAACGAUGCGGGCACGCUGCUCGGGAAGUUUUUCUUGGGAACAACAUCUGCCAAUAUGGCCUUUGCAGGGAAGGGACGGCUAGUGAUCAUGGCGGAAACAGCGGUAUACUUGGCGCAGAUCGCUGCGGAGGGCCUCGAUCUGGCCAGCUUUUCCUGA